AUGUUCCUCAUCACGCUUGUCUGCUACACAAUUCUACAUCUCGGGCAAGCACUCGCUCCGAAUAUUGAGGCGCUCCUCGCCACACGCUUUCUGAGCGGCUUCUUCGCCGUGUCGCCCCUCACAAACUGUGGUGGACUGAUCUUCGACAUCUGGGAUCCCAUCCGACGCGGAAUGGCGACAAAUCUAUUUGUUGCGGGUGUCUUUAUCGGACCCGUGCUUGGCCCAAUUGUCGGCGGUUUCAUUACGAUGAGCUAUCUAGGGUGGAGAUGGGUCUUCUGGAUUAUGAUGAUAUUUGCAGGGCUUUGCACCGUUAUUGCAAUCAUCUUUGUACCCGAGACAUAUGCUCCCAUUCUCUUGCAACAGAAGGCACGCCGCUUGCGCAAAGCAGACCCUGUCCGAAAUGCAGAUCUAUAUGCUGAGCAUGAGCGGGCAGACUGGUCGGUCAAAGGCGUUCUGCACCGCACGUUGUACAGACCAAUCAAGAUGCUAGCUGUCGAGCCCAUCUUACUUCUAGUCACUCUUUACCUCUCGCUGGUCUACGGCGUUCUCUACGCAUUGUUUGAAGCGCUUCCCUUUAUUUUUGUCGAGACCCGAGGCUUCAACAUCGGCGAGUCUGGGCUGGUCUUCGUUGGUGUUGGGAUCGGCACCACGCUUGGCGCUGCCGCGUUCGUUCCGCUCAGUAGGCACUAUCCUAGGCUCAUGAAGGAAUGGCGUGGUUUCCCACCUGCGGAGCAACGGCUGUUUGGCGCCAUGCUUGGUGGCCCCAGCCUCGUUAUCGGUUGCUUCUGGCUAGGAUGGACAGGAAAUUAUCCUAGUGUGCCGUGGAUCGUUCCCGCGCUUGCGACGAUCCCCAUCGGUGCAAGUGUGAGCAUGGUGUUCAUUUCAUUCUUCACAUAUCUGGUAGAUGUAUAUUUGAUGUACACCGCGUCCGCGUUGGCGGCGAGCACGAUGAUACGAUCUGCUGUCGGUGCCGCCUUCCCCCUCUUCACGACACAGAUGUUCCAGAACCUUGGUAUCAAUUGGGCGUGCACGCUAAUAGGGUUGCUCGGCUUGUUGCUGGCGCCCAUACCAUUCCUUUUCUACCGAUACGGCGCCUACAUCCGCGCGAAGAGCACAUUCUCGCCGUCUCCCGUGAGUGGUUCCGAGUGGUAA